UUUGGCAUCAAAAUGCAGUUUGUAAAAUCUUUGGACAUGUUUAUUGAAAAAAACCUUCCAGAACACAUUCUGAAUUGGUUAAAUAAACGCAAAGCUUCUCUUGAAAAUGGAUUCACGAUUAUUGAAGGUAAUCUGAAUUUUCUAAUGGUGGACGAACCAUUUUUCUUAAUUUUUGACGUAUUUCAUAUCAAAAAUGUCAAUAAUGCUCCAAACAACUUGAUGAAAUGGAAAAUAUUAGCAAUAGCAGUUUCCAAUUUCCAAGGAAGUUUGCAAAUUGUUUAUUUGCGUACUGCUCCAAGUGGCACAAAGAUGGGAUCGGAGGCCAUCUUGGAAGGGGUGAAAAUGGUAAUCAGCAGCAUUAGAAAAAGCCCCGAGCUCACCACCAAACUGGCAGGUGCAGUGGCUAAUAAAUUCGCCGCCAAUUGGGAAUCAAUAAAAUACCUCCAAAUGAAUGGUGUACCUGUGCUGUACGAUUUGAAGCAUUUCCGCAAGACAAUAACAAGAUUGGGUCAUUUGGACGUCUUUAUAACAAGUUUGCACACAAUCCCAACAUUUACAAAACAAAAUUUUCUUAAAAUCAUCUUGGGUAUUCAACGGUUGGUGGAGAAGCAUGUACCAUCGGAGUUAUACGACCGAUAUAAUAUGGAGCUGCUUAGCCUUCAGGCUUUAUUUGGUAAUCUAUUCAACAAAUUUCCAUUAAGGAAAUUCAACUUAGGGUGGUUGAACUGCAACCACCUAGAAGAUGUGGGUGCCAUGCUGGCCAACGAUGUCCACGUUGGGGCGGAGGAUGGCUUUAAAAAAUAUCCAGCAGCUCUAGCCGAUCCCAAGGAGGCAGUUGCUUUUAUGGCAACAUUAACAACUGUCCUUACUCAAAAAAUAAACGAGGAUCUUAAGGAAUGGCGCAUUGCACUGGUGGAAAGCAUGUUGCUGGUUCAAGAGGAGGAGGUCAACGAAGACGAGGCGGCUGUGCCAGCGAAGAGAUCAAAAUUAAAUUAG